GCGGAAGUGCUCUGGUCCUCUCUCAACACCAGUCUUUGCUCCUGCAGCUCGUCAGGUUCAGUCCUGGACUUUUAUUCACUCAAAGGUUUAACACAACAACAAUAAAACAUGUCCCAGAAGAUCCAGGCUGGCUCUGUGGUGGAGAUGCAGGGAGAUGAGAUGACCCGAGUCAUCUGGGAUCUGAUAAAGGACAAACUCAUCUUCCCCUACCUGGAGCUGGAUCUGCACAGUUUUGAUCUUGGCAUGGAGAACCGAGAUGCAACAGACGACAAGGUGACAGUUGAUGCAGCAGAAGCAGUUCGGCGUUACAAUGUAGGCAUCAAAUGUGCCACCAUCACACCAGAUGAGAAGCGCAUGGAYGAGUUCAAGCUCAAGAACAUGUGGCGUUCACCUAAUGGAACCAUUCGAAACAUCCUUGGAGGCACGGUGUUCAGGGAGGCCAUCAUCUGUAAGAACAUCCCUCGUCUGGUGCCUGGCUGGGUGAAGCCCAUAAUAAUUGGCAGGCAUGCACAUGGAGAUCAGUACAAGGCCACUGACUUUGUGGUGCCAGGCCCUGGAAAGGUGGAGAUGAUCUACACUCCCACCAAUGGAGAAUCAGUCAAAUAUGUUAUCCAUGAGUUUGAGGGCACAGGUGGUGUGGCCCUGGGGAUGUACAACACUGAUAGGUCCAUCAGGGACUUUGCCCACAGCUCCUUCCAGGUGGCUCUGUCCAAAGGCUGGCCUCUGUACCUCAGCACAAAGAACACUAUCUUGAAAAAGUAUGAUGGUCGUUUCAAAGACAUCUUCCAGGAAAUCUACGAGAAGGAAUAUCGAGCUCAGUUUGAGGCCAAAGGAAUCUGGUACGAGCACCGGCUCAUAGAUGAUAUGGUGGCUCAGGCCAUGAAAUCCGAGGGAGGCUUCAUUUGGGCCUGUAAGAACUAUGAUGGGGAUGUGCAGUCUGACUCUGUGGCACAAGGUUACGGUUCUCUGGGCAUGAUGACCAGUGUGCUGGUGUGUCCUGAUGGACGCACAGUGGAGUCCGAAGCUGCACACGGCACAGUGACACGCCACUACAGACAGCACCAGCAGGGAAAAGAAACUUCCACCAACCCCAUAGCCUCCAUCUUUGCGUGGACGCGGGGUCUGCUGCACCGGGCCAAGCUGGACAACAACGCCGAGCUGCGGUUCUUUUCUGAGGCUCUGGAGGCCGUUUGCAUUGAGACCAUUGAGGCUGGUUUCAUGACCAAGGAUUUGGCUGCCUGCAUCARAGGCCUGCCCAAUGUGAAACGUGAGGACUACCUGAACACCUUUGAGUUCCUGGACAAGCUGGCGGAGAACCUGAAGAUAAAGUUAGCCAAGCAGCCCAAACUGUGAUCCCCUCCUGUACUUCUACACAGACACACACACAGACACACACAGAUGUCUCUAUAGGACCUGGGGUUGUUGGCUGAGCUCAGAGCUACAGGACUGAUGGAGGAGGGUGAACUGACCACACUUAUCCCUCUCUCUGCAUCUUUAUUAGACCAAAACUAAAACGUCUGAGUGUAAAAACAUGAUGCAUGUAGURUCAGUGACCUGAUGACACAGGGCUCUUUGUACCCUGAUUGCACUAACUUUGUGUGUUGUUGUUGAUCUGUGAUGAAUCAGGAGGAUGUUUGUGAAGGAGUAUUUGGACCUUUACUGCCUUAUCUUUUUUAUUUGGUCAAAAUCAAACCUCUGUUUCCUUCAGCUGUUUUAUUAAAACCACAGCCAUCAUCAUGUUUGAGUUUCUCUGAAGUAGAUCAGUCAGCCUGUCUCUAACUGAUGAGAUGUCUGGUUCAGCUGAGUGUUGCACAUUCCAUGAAAUAUUAAUAAUAUAUAAUAUAAUAUAUAGACCUUAAAGGCUCUGACCCGUUUCACAUUGUAGCAGAUACUUUGUAAACUGGUAAUAAACUGAAAUAUUUGCUUUUAGAUUUGUUUUUUGAUUUUGUUUUAAUCAAUUUUAGUGUUAAAACUGCCAACAAUAAAAUGUCUGUUUUAAAACUAAGCUUGUCAAUGAUUUGAUAUUUCAAUACAAACUCAUUUUGAUUGAGUGUAGGAUGUAAAAAGAUUAAACAUGUCAAUCAAA